UGACCUGUCACCAUGGCAUGUGUUGAGUUGAGUAACAAUUCGUUGUUGUGAUGUAUUUUUUAAUUUUUGGCUUACGUAUUGCAAAUUUAGUUCGACAUUUACAUUUACAAAUUAUCACAAAAUAAAUCUCUGUUAAUUUGUAUCACCAACACGCUACUUUUAUCUUUGUUGUGCUCAAGGUUGCAUUUGGGACUAAUAUUUUAAUUUAGUAGUAUUAGGGUAUUGUUACAAACUCAACACUUAAUUUUAUACAAUCAAGUUGUAACAAAAUACAAGCCACGGCGUCUCUAAAACCAGAAGAGUCGAAACGUUCUGAAACAGACAGUCGGUUCAAGAUGCCUGCAGCAAGCUUUGGUUCUCUUUCAUUACCUGGAACUGGUGACUGUGGAAUUAAAGAUGUCUGGAAUCACAACCUUCAUGAAGAGUUUGCAAUAAUUAGACAAGUUGUUCAAAAGUAUCAUUGGGUUGCAAUGGACACUGAGUUUCCUGGAGUAGUAGCCAGACCUAUUGGGGAGUUUCGCUCUACUGCUGACUACCAAUACCAACUUCUCAGGUGCAAUGUUGAUUUACUGAGGAUAAUUCAAUUGGGUCUUACAUUCAUGGAUGAAAAUGGAAAAACACCCCCAGGUUAUACAACAUGGCAGUUCAAUUUCAAAUUUAACCUACAAGAAGACAUGUACGCACAAGACUCCAUUGAUUUAUUGCAAAAUUCUGGAUUACAAUUUCGUAAACACGAAGAAGACGGUAUUGAACCUUUAGAAUUUGCCGAACUUCUUAUGUCAUCAGGUCUAGUGUUAAUUGACAACAUAAAGUGGUUAAGCUUUCACUCGGGAUAUGACUUUGGAUAUCUUCUGAAGUUGUUAACAGAUCAAAAUUUACCACAGGAUGAAAACGUGUUCUUUGAAAAUCUUCGACUCUAUUUCCCAACAGUGUAUGAUGUCAAGUACCUGAUGAAGUUGUGCAAAAAUCUUAAAGGUGGACUUCAAGAAGUAGCAGAUCAGUUGGAACUGAGACGAGUGGGACCCCAACAUCAGGCUGGUUCAGACUCACAUCUGACUGGGAUGGCUUUCUUCAAAAUCAAAGAGAUAUUCUUUGAUGAUAAUAUUGAAAGUUCAAGUGGUCACCUCUAUGGUUUAGGAGCACCAUUCUCAGUGAAUGCAAAUAACUUUCAAGACAAUGGUGAAAAUGGGAAUUCAUCUUGAUCGGGGGAAUCUGUGUGUGUGACAGAACUCACACCACAGCCUAGAGUGUUCCACCUCACAGAAUAAGCUAGUGACAAUUUCAUAAGAACAUUUAAAAAUCGACCACCCAAGCACCUGAAUAAAUAAAUGGAUUUAUUAUUUUUAUUAUUUAACAUCUUCAAUUGUGACAAAUAUGUAGACUAGAAUGAUGAAACAGUAGAAUUAUACAUAGUCUAGUUUAUAGGUCGCUCCCGAUCUGCAGUAAAUAUUUUAGUAAGUUUUUUUUUAUGUAAUAAUUGCAUGCAUCAUCAAAAUGUGUAAUUUAUAUUAUUAAGGCUAUCAAUUUAUUUACACCUUACUGUAUUUGUGAUAUGAUAGAUUCAUUUUUUUUUUUAUUUUUCUAAUAUUCAAAACAAUGUAAUUAUAAUAAAAUAAUUUUUUUAAGGUGUUUAUAUUAGUCACACGUUUUAAGUGAGAUAAAUGCUUGAAAGUAUAAAUAAUAAUAAGUCUUUUAUA